GCGGCGCUGAGGGCUCGGAGCAGGAGGCGGAGGGCGGCUCGGAGCCACGGCCGCGCUGCCCUGCCCGGGACCCUGCGUGCUGUGGCGGCCGGCGCCGAGCCAGACUCCCGGCGGGCGCGGAGCGGACGGGCUGAGGGACGCUCGCCGCCACCUCUCGCAGCGCCAGGAGCCGCGCCGUCCCCGCCGCCGCUGGGACUCCCUCCCCGGGCAGAGCGGGGGAGAAUGACGGAGCUCCAGUCCGCCUUGCUACUGCGGAGACAACUAGCAGAGCUCAACAAAAAUCCAGUGGAAGGCUUUUCAGCGGGCUUAAUAGAUGACAAUGAUCUUUAUCGAUGGGAAGUCCUUAUUAUUGGUCCUCCAGAUACACUAUAUGAAGGUGGUGUUUUCAAGGCUCAUCUUACUUUUCCAAAAGACUACCCACUGAGGCCGCCAAAAAUGAAAUUCAUCACAGAAAUCUGGCAUCCGAAUGUUGACAAGAACGGCGAUGUCUGCAUUUCAAUUCUUCAUGAGCCUGGAGAAGACAAAUAUGGCUAUGAAAAACCUGAGGAACGCUGGCUUCCCAUUCACACAGUGGAAACUAUAAUGAUUAGUGUUAUUUCUAUGCUGGCAGAUCCCAAUGGUGAUUCUCCUGCUAAUGUUGAUGCAGCGAAAGAAUGGAGAGAAGACAGAAAUGGAGAAUUUAAAAGAAAAGUUGCCCGCUGUGUAAGAAAAAGCCAAGAAACUGCUUUUGAGUGACACUUAUUCAGCAGCUAGUAGCUUCACUUUUUUCAGGGUCUCCAAUUGAAAAACAUGGCACUGUUUUUUUUCCUGCACUCUACCCACCUAUUGCUGGACUUCUGUUGUUACAAGUUGGCAAACACUGGCUGGAACUGGGCUGCAAUAAAACAUGCCAGUUAUCAAUGCUGACAAGAGCCUAACAAGUGCCAACACAAGAUGAUUACGCAUUUUGAAAUCUAAUGAACUGCUUUAACCUUCAGGAAGAAUUGUAAAGAUGUGUACAUAGCACAACAUGAUCCGGAUAAUAUAUAUACUGUUCAUGUACAUCCACAAAUACACAUUGUACCAAAUAAUGCUGUCUGUAGUUAGGGAUAGAAUUGUGUAAAUUCUAAAGAUUUUAGCAGGUUUUUUCUCUCCCUAUUCAUUGUUUCCUGAGUUUAAAAAAACAGCAACUUGUGAAGCAUGUCAAAACCAAUUAGGAUACUAAGUUGGUUUUUUUGGUUUUGGGUUUUUUUUCCUCCCACUUUAAUUUUCCUUUGACCCACUGAGGCUUAAUUAAAAUUUCUUGCUUAUUCAAGUUUAGUAUCUUUUUUUUUUUUUUUUUUUUUUUUUGGUUUUUUUCGGCUUUUGUUUUUGGAAACGUGGUUCCCUUUUAUUUCCUCCACCAGAACUUACAAUUUUCCUAAUUAAACCCUGAAAGGAUUUGCUAUCAAUUACUUGUGUCUUCUUUUAUGAUGACCUUUGUAGUCUCAAAGGUGCUUUUUUUCUUCCCACCCCUUUUUUAAACUCAAUUACUCAUCUUUCUUGAAUUUGGUAUAGCAAUAAAACUGGCCAUGGAGCACCCUUGAGCAGCCUGAUGGAUUUUUAACUUCCAAGGACUUGAGUUCUUUCACUUGGAAGUUUGGUUGACUAAGUUAGUCCAAGAUAGGAAUGAGCUGCUUUUUAUGGGUGAAAUUUUUGGUUUGCCUUUUUCAUUGCCUGUUUGUGGGGUGGGGUGUGUGGGGGGGGUGGCUUGUUUUUUCUCAAGGUUGAGUUCAAGCAUGCACAUCUGUAGGCUUUCAAAUGACUAACUUCUGGGUUUGGUAUCAAAAAUAGUUUCCCUCCUUUACUCUUUUCUGUGGCCCUUCAUCUGCUUUGCCUUCUACUCCAGAGUUUUCCUCACCUAAUGUACAAAGAAAAUGGCGAUGUAUAUUUUCAUGUAAUUUGAUUUUUGGAAUUCUGUCACCUUCUGGUAGUGAGUUCUUCCAAAAUAUAAUUUUUUCCAAUAA